AUGGGUUCUCCCCGUUCAGUCGACCAAUCUGCUGCAGCCAUGGCGGUCCGUGGAUCGUCCCGUGCUUCCUCCGACCGUCCUCCUCUUCACUGCACCUAUUGCAACUACGAUUUUCACACCCGUGACAAUUGCCACAAGCUUCAUGGUUACCCUGUUGGUCAUCCUCUCCAUGGCCAGCCGUGGAGGCCACCCCGUCGCUCUACCUCUGCUGGUUCUUCACCCAACAAUGGUGCUGGUUCUUCACGCAGCAAUGGUGCUGCCCCUUCUGCCCGUAACCUCCAUGCUGCUCAUCCUUGGCCCACUACCAGCCCUCCUUCAGCUCACCACGUGCAAGGGCAGCCCACGCUGCAUGAUGUCCAGAUUGCUAUGCCCCAUCUCUCAGCCGACCAACACUCCCGAGUUCUUGUUGCCCUCAGUGACGGUGCCCAGCCUCCUUCCUCUCCUCAGGCUCAUGCUGUUUUUGGUGAGGAUUUUACCAAAGGUUUGUUUCCCGUAGCUUCUCGUCUUGGUCAAUGGAUCCUUGACAGUGGUGCUACGGAUCAUAUUACCUCUUCCGCCUCGUGUUUGGUUAAUACUUCUGCUUCGCAUUUGCCACCUGUUUCUUUGCCCAGUGGUGCUACCGCCCCUAUUACUUCCACUGGCACUCUUCAUUUAAAUUCCUCUGUUUUUUUGAAGGAUGUUUUAUGCGUCCCUACUUUUAAAGUGGACCUUUUAUCGGUUGGUAAGCUUACAGAUGGAUUAUCGUGUUCCGUAACAUUCUUUCCCUCUUGGUGUGUUUUGCAGGACUUGGUUUCGAAGGCGACGAUUGGUGUGGGUAAGCGACGUGGUGACCUAUAUUAUCUUGUGGCUCUUGCCUCCUCCAUCCCAUCCAGUCACCCCCUCUGCAAUGUCAUCACCAUCCCGUCUUCCCUGUGGCAUAGGCGCCUUGGUCAUCCUUCCCCUCCUCGUUUGCAAGCUUUAGCUUCUAGUUUUUUACAUUGUUCUUUUGAUUCUAGUCAUGUGUGUGAUGUUUGUCCUUUGGCAAAACAAACUCGUCAACCUUUUGGUUUAAGUUCAAUUUCAACCACCUUUCCUUUUGCUUUAAUUCAUUGUGAUAUUUGGGGCCCGAAUCGUCAAACUUCCCUUUCUGGAGCUCAUUAUUUUUUAACCAUUGUGGAUGAUUUUUCUCGUUUUACAUGGGUUUUCCUCAUGAAACAUAAAUCUGAUACUCAACAAUUACUCAAGGAUUUUUUUGCUUAUGUCAGUACCCAAUUCCAUGCUAAAAUUCGUUGCAUUCGCACUGACAAUGGCGGCGAAUUUCUUUCUCUUCGUCCAUUUUUUUCGGAUCAUGGGGUUUUACUUCAAACUUCUUGUGUCUAUACCCCUCAACAAAAUGGCGUUGUUGAACGCAAACAUAGACACCUCUUAGAAACCGCACGUGCACUUCGCUUCCAGUCCAAUCUUCCCCUCAAAUUUUGGGGUGAAUGUAUCCUUACCGCUGCUUAUUUAAUAAAUCGUCUUCCCACCCGUCUUCUCCAUAAUCACACACCGUUUGCAGUCCUUCAUAACAAAGUCCCCACCUAUGAUCACUUCCGCAUUUUUGGUUGUUUAGCCUAUGCCACCUCUGUCCUUCCACCCACUAAAUUUUCCCCUAGGGCUCACCGUUGCAUCUUCCUUGGUUACCCUCCCGGCCAAAAGGCCUACAAACUAUAUGACCUAGACACUCACCGCCUCUUCACAAGUCGGGACGUAAUCUUCCAUGAAGAUUCCUUCCCUUAUACUCUUCCCCCCACCUCUACCCCAUCCCCCACGCCUCCCUUGCCUCUCCCUUCCUCUCUGGACUUUCCUUAUCCCCCAUCCCCUGUCCCUACACCACAACCCCUUACUGCCCUUCUUGCCGACCCAUCCACCUCUCCCUCCAUGGCUCCUCCUCCUCCUCUUAAUGACACCUUCCCUGACCACUCUGCUCCCUCUCCCGAUAUCCCAUCUAGUUCACCCCCGGACCCCAACCCCUCCUCGCUCCCACCUCCUUCUCAACCUUCCCCCGCCCCCCGCAUUUCUUCCCGCACCCGUACAUCCCCAUCCUAUUUAAAGGACUACGUUUGCUCGCAGGUGAUUCUGCCGCCACACCAAUCCUCGACUUCGCCGCCCAGUUCUCCACCUGGUACGCGUUAUCCACUUUGUAAUUUUAUUUCUUAUCACCGUUACUCACCCAAACAUCUUUCAUAUACAUAUUCUGUCAGUCGGCAUGUGGAGCCCUCCUCCUUUGCCGAGGCUACCAGUGAUCCUAAUUGGCGUCGUGCCAUGCAUGAGGAGCUUCAGGCAUUACAUGCCAAUGGUACUUGGACUCUGACUACCCUGCCCCCUGGCAAAGCUCCCAUUGAUUGUAAAUGGGUGUACAAAUUGAAGUAUAAUUCUGAUGGUUCUAUUGAGCGUUACAAAGCUCGCUUGGUUGCUAAAGGUUACACACAGGCUGCAGGUAUUGAUUAUCAUGACACUUUUUCCCCUACUGCUAAGAUGAUUACUGUGCGUUGUCUUCUUGCUCUUGCUGCUAGUCAGUCUUGGUCUCUUCAUCAGCUCGAUGUUAAUAAUGCCUUUUUGCACGGUGAUUUACAUGAGGAAAUUUAUAUGUCUCCUCCUCCUGCUCUUCGGCGACAGGGGGAGAAUCUUGUGUGUCGCCUUCAUAAAUCUCUAUAUGGUCUCAAGCAGGCUUCUCGCCAAUGGUUUGCUAAAUUCACUACUGCCAUUCUUUCCGCUGGAUUCCAACAAUCAAAAGCUGACUAUUCAUUGUUCACCAGAAAGUCCGGUACUUCUUUCACAGCCUUACUCAUUUAUGUGGACGAUAUUGUGAUUACAGGGAAUGACGUCAGGGCCAUUGAUUCUCUGAAGUCUUUUCUCCGUGACCACUUUCGGAUAAAAGACCUUGGGGAACUAAAAUAUUUUUUGGGUAUCGAGGUUUCUCACUCUCAACGUGGAAUUUAUAUUUCACAGCGAAAGUAUGCAUUGGAGAUUCUCAAGGAUUAUGGUUUUCUGGGUGCACGGCCCAUUGCUUUUCCCAUGGAUGACACAAAAUUAUCUGAUCGAGGAGAACUUCUCAAGGAUCCUGAAAAGUAUCGGCGCUUAGUAGGACGGUUGAUUUAUCUCACCAUAACUCGGCCAGAUAUCACAUAUUCCGUGCAUGUUUUGAGUCGGUUUAUGCAUGAGCCCCGUGUUCCUCAUAUGGAUGCUGCGCUUCGUGUUGUUCGUUAUUUAAAAUCAACUCCAGGUCAAGGCUUAUUAUUUCGUUCUGACAACCAGACUAAGUUAGCUGCAUUUUGCGACUCUGACUGGGCCGGUUGUCCUAUCACUCGUCGUUCGACUACUGGGUAUUGUGUAUUCUUGGGAAAUUCUCUGAUUUCGUGGCGAACAAAGCGACAGAAAACUGUGUCGCUUUCUUCAGCUGAGGCAGAAUAUAGGGCCAUGGCAGGUGCUUGUUGUGAGUUAGUUUGGCUUCGUUUUUUGUUGAAGGAUUUGAAUAUUCCUUUGGAAGGUCCUUCUGUUUUAUUUUGUGAUAAUCAAGCUGCUUUGCAUAUAGCCGCGAAUCCUGUUUUUCAUGAGCGAACUCGUCACAUUGAGAUGGAUUGUCAUUUUAUACGCGAUAAGAUUGCAGAUGGAACCGUAGCGACAAAAUAUGUGCGUACGACACACCAGUUGGCAGAUUUGUUCACUAAGCCCCUUGGGAAGGACAAGUUUUCAACUUUGAUACGCAAGUUGGGUGUUCUUGACAUUCACUCUCCAACUUGA